GCAUCAAUGCUUCCAAGUGUCGAACGUUUUCUCAAAGCGGCCAUUGUCGACAAAACUCCAUCUAUUUCUUCUGCCGCUAUCGUGUCUAGUUAUCAUUUGUUUCCCGCCGGAAAAGAUGUGAUUAAAAGAUGGGCCAAUGAAGUUCACGAAGCUAUUAAUUCUAAGCCUUCUUCGCUUGUCGGGACUGCCUCUUCAUAUUUAACGUCUUUCUCGACAAGUAGUUCUUCAUAUAGUACACCCCCUUCUACCAGUAAUAUUAAUCAAUAUCACGCAUUAGGUCUUUUAUAUUUAAUUCGUCAACAUGAUCGCAUGGCUGUAACAAAGUUGAUACAACAGUUAGCUGGAAGUAAUAGGGGCGGCUUUGGUUCCUCUAGUGGGGUUUUACGUAAUACUUUUGCAUAUUGUUUAUUGAUUCGGUUUGCAGCAAAGAUUUUAGAUGAAGAUCCUAAUUCAAGGCAACCAAUGUAUGAUCUUUUGGAAGGAUGGUUGAGACAUAAAAGUGAUAUUGUCAAUUUCGAAGCGGCAAAAGCAAUAUGUAACAUUAAGGAUGUGACAAGCAAAGAAUUAUAUCCAGCUAUCAAUGUGCUCCAACUAUUCCUCUCAUCACCUAGAUUUACAUUACGAUUUGCAGCUAUUCGUACCCUUAAUAAAUUGGCUAUGACCCAUCCUACAGCGGUUCAGCCUUGUAAUUUAGAUAUGGAAAAUCUAAUAACAGAUCAAAAUAGAAGUGUUGCCACAUUCGCCAUAACCACAUUAUUAAAAACCGGAAAUGAAGCUAGCGUCGAUCGUUUAAUGAAACAAAUUACUGGGUUCAUGUCAGAAAUUUCUGAUGAAUUCAAAGUUAUUGUUGUUGAUGCGAUCCGUUCUUUAUGCCUAAAAUUCCCCACGAAACAAGCCGUAAUGCUUAGCUUUUUAAGUGGGGUAUUAAGAGACGAAGGAGGAUAUGAAUUUAAACGUGCAGUAGUUGAAGCAAUAUUUGACUUGGUCAAAUUCAUACCUGAAUCCAAGGAGGCUGCUUUGGCUCACUUAUGCGAAUUCAUAGAAGAUUGUGAAUUCACAAAGCUUUCUGUACGUGUUUUACACCUUCUUGGUGUUGAAGGACCAAAGACUGCUACCCCUACAAAAUAUAUCCGCUACAUUUAUAAUCGUGUUAUUUUGGAAAACUCUAUUGUUAGAGCAGCGGCAGUGAGUGCUCUUGCUAAAUUUGGUGUCAAUGUAGAUGACCCCGAGGUCAAGAAGAGUAUAAAAGUUCUUCUCUCUAGAUGUUUGGACGAUAAUGAUGACGAAGUUCGAGAUAGAGCAACUUUAUAUUUGAAACUUUUAGAUGAUGAGGAUAACGCUGAAAAAUAUCUUAAAGAUGACUCUACGUAUUCACUUGCUGCUCUUGAAAGACAACUGGUGCAAUACGUAAGUAAUCCCGAGUCUGCGGAAAACCCAUUCGAUCUAUCCGCUGUUCCAAAGAUAACGAAAUCUCAAGCUGAAGCUGAGAAUCUACGACCUCGAAGCUUUGACCUGACUACACAGACCAUUGGAGUUUCUUCUCCAUCUGUUGUUGGAAUCAUCCCGGCUACUACUUCUACAACAAGUAGGGAUGCAACACCCACCCCUGGAAUAGACCAGCAGCAAAUCUAUGCUCAACAAUUGGAGAAAAUUCCAGAAAUUGCAGCAUUUGGAACUUUGUUCAAAAGUAGUACCAAACCAGUUGAACUUACAGAAAGUGAGACAGAAUAUGUUGUUAGUUGCGUAAAACACGUGUUCAAUGAAAACAUAGUAUUCCAGUUUAAUAUAAACAAUACAUUAAAUGAUCAGUUGUUAGAGAAUGUGUCAGUUGUAAUGCAACCAGAAUCAGACGAUAUUGGUCUAGAGGAGGAGUUUGUAAUUCCAACUGCUAAGUUAGCGUAUGAUCAGCCUGGAUCUGUAUACGUUGCUUUUAAAAGAACCAAUCUCGAUGAAUAUCCUCUAGGAAGUUUUUCAAAUACUUUGAAAUUUGUAGUUAAGGAUUGUGAUCCUACUACUGGCGAACCCAGUGAAGAAGGCUACGAAGAUGAAUAUCUGGUUGAAGAUGUCGAGUUAGUGACUGGGGACUACGUCCUCCCUACAUACACAUCUGAUUUCCAAGGUGCCUGGGACAAACUCGGUGAAGAUGGUCAAGUAGUCGAGACAUUUGCCUUGACUGCAGCAAAGAGUUUGAAAGCUGCCUGUACAACUCUAAUUGAACUUCUUGGAAUGAGUGCUGUCGAAAACACCGGGACACCACAAUCAUCAAGUGUACAUACUCUUUUACUUUCUGGUAUAUGUUUAGGCGGAGUGGAAGUUCUUGCCAAAAGUCGUAUGACAUUUUCCCCUAGUACCGGUGUCACAAUGGAAUUAUCUGUUCGAUCUUCUAGCCAGGAGAUUAGCCGUAUUGUUAUUAGUGCUGUU